AUGUCGAACAAGUGCCUGGUCUUAAUCAUUUCUGUUGCUUUCGUCGGUGUGACUUUGUACACUUUCUUUCUCUGCAUGUUUCUACUCAGAAAUUGCUUCCUCGAAGAGUGUACAAGAUAUUAUACACCAGGAACAGAUCGGCACCCCCCGGCCCCGACGCCGACAAUGAAUUUAUCAAAGGCUUUUAAGCCCGAUAAGGUGAACUGCGAUUUAACACAGGACGAAUUUCAAUCACCUUCGUUGGAGGAUGUAAUUCAUGCCCUGGCAUCAAAGGAAAACCCUGGCAUUUCGUCUAUAAGCGGACUUGCGUUGUAUUUUAACCUCAACAAUGCGUGCCAACCACUUGGUGACGUAAGCAAAGCAAGCGUUCAAGUUUACAAAUUCGCUCUUGUCACCCUUGUCAACGAAACUGCGUGUCCUUUGCAACGUCUGGCAUUGAAUGCACAGAACACUGGAUACGCCGUUUUGGUACAUUUUUUCGUUACUAGAUACUUAGAUACGCAUCAUAAGUAUAAGCUAAUCAACCUACCGAAAACUAUCCCAAGCGAAGAAAAAGUAGUAAUCCCGGUUGCGACUGUAGGAAUGUGUUGGAAUGAAUCUAAGCUAAACUUGGACGGGGUUCGCUGGACUGUAGUGAGUGCAGUCGAUGAGUUGAUGCUGUCAAAGGCGGACCGUACUAUUGUUGAAAUCUCUGUCAAGGUUCCCCUUGACGACCCAGACCGUAAUGAACUGAAGAAAAUGGAAGGGUACUUAAAAUAUCUUUUCGCCUGGUUGCUCGUUGGGCCAUUAGUCUAUUUUGUCGUGUGGAUGCGAUCUAGCGGUCGGCAACCCAACCAACAGCGAGGAAAUGGUGUUGAAACUGCUGCUGAAAUGGAGACUCGAAUCAUGGAAGAAGGCGAACUUCCGCUUCUAAAUGGAGUUCUUUAUGGUAGCAAUACAAGACAACGACGAUCUAUAAUUGUAAGAAAAUGUUUCUACAAAGUUCUUGUAGGUUUGUGUUAUCUGAUUCUUAUUGUAGCAGCUCUCCCUGUAGGAAUUUCUUCAGGAGGGUUGUCCUUCUUCAGAUUUGAUCAAGGCGACAAUAGUUUUCCAGAGGAUAACUACUUUCUUAAUCCUUUCAAAUGUAAAAGUGGGGAACGAAAUUUCAGUUACAUGGAAAAUAGAACAGUCCUGGUUGCUUACAAUGUACCCUUUCCUUUAACUCGGUUUGUCGCUCUUUGGUGGUCACCUUUUCAGCUUUUCUGCUUUUUUCUCUACAGUUACUUUGCACGUAAAACCACUUGGACUGUUUUGUCCAACUACCCAAAAGUGAUUCGAAGCGAUUGGUUUUCGUCAAACAUUUAUUUACUAGUUCUCGCUCUAAUAGUUCCGUUUUCCCCUUAUCCUGACUUUUGUUCGCUUUAUUUUGCGAAUAACAACGUUCUGUGUACAGUGUGUAAUGUGCUCUUCAUAGUGAUACUAGACAAACACGAAGCUGUCACGCGGUACAUCUUGUUCCUUAGUGUCUGCGUGAUCUGUGCUUACAUUGAGAGCGAUAUCGUAGCCCUCGUUUAUUAUAUUCUCAAUUCUACAGGUUCACUAGUUGACGUCAAACUUACUGCUCUCCGCACUGCAGCCAUCGGUCUUACAUUGAGCGUAAGCUUGAAUUCUUCUAUGCAUAUCAUUCGAAAACUGUGGAAACCGCAGGAAUCUCUUUUCGAAGGACUCUCAGAAAAAUAA